AUGUCCCGUCACAUCUCGGGCAACGCGGUCGCGCCGGUGGUGUUCACCAUGACUUCGUCCAAUAACCCCGACUCGCUGUCUGGCACAAGUCUUCCCGGGACCGCCCCUCCAUUCAUACAGCCGUUGACGGCGUGCGCGAUGCUGGUUGUUUAUACUGCCAUCUACGUGGCCCCUCUCUACAUCUCGCCUGCCAGCCGUCCAUCACCAACGCUGUCGAGAGACGACCCUGUCGUCAUUCGCACGCGCAUCAGAUCUGUCCUGUUCUCUACUGCAUCAUGCUCCGCCCUGACUUACAUCAUCCUGGCCCGUCUACCUGAUGGUACCCUACCUUAUGGACCACUUCAUGCUAUGGGAUACUGGCCCAUCGGCAUACUCGAGUCCGCAUUAUGCCUUCUCCUUACGGCAAUCCUGUUUGCUGGUCCGCUGUACGAGACUCUUCUCAUAGACGGCCUUUGGGAAGACUGGCACGGUCUUGGCCCCAUUGUCCGUAUCUGGACCCAGUUGACAACCUGGCGGAACAUUGUCAUGGGACCUUUGACUGAGGAAAUGCUGUUCCGCUCUGCCUCUGUUCCGUUGAUGCUCUGCGCUCGCAUGUCAUUGACACAAACCGUCUUCUUGUCUCCCGUCAUCUUCGGCUUUGCUCAUGUUCAUCACUUUUAUGAGUUCCGCAUCUCCCACCCCAAGGUGCCUCUGGUCGCCGCAGUGGCACGCUCAAUUCUGCAGUUCAGUUACACCUCUCUCUUCGGCGCCUAUGCCACAUUCCUCUUCCUCCGCUCAGGGAGCCUACUAGCCAUCGUGCUGGUGCACGCAUUCUGCAAUGUAAUGGGCCUGCCCCGAUUCUGGGGGGCUGUCGAGCCUUACUGGCACGUCAGUGGACACUAUGCACCUGCCGAUAGUCGAAAAUGGACGGUGAUUUACUAUGUACUUUUAUUCGUUGGAGCCAUUACUUGGUGGAGAAGUUUGUUACCACUGACCCAGACCUCGGCGAGCCUGUUUCCGCAGGGAUUCUGA